AUGCGGGAAAUUCAGGAGGCUCAAAAAGAGCAACGGGCGGCGUUGGAAAUGCUGGCGAAACAACUCACUCAAGUUGCAGUAUCAUUGGGCAAGUUAAAGGGAAAUGAAGCCACUAUGCAGCCACCUGGUCAUGAGAAUAUUAGUGAAGUAUCCCUGCGGUCAGGGAAGGUCUACCAAGGCCCCAGCCAUCCUGCGAUAUCUCCACCAACUGAUUCUGGACCAAGCCGUGAGGAAGAGGGAGAAUCUAGUAGAGGUGGUCAAGUGGAAGAAAGAGGCAAGGAAAAGGUGAGAGGAGAGGCCUCGGAAGGAGGUCAGAAGGAAGAAACUGAAAGGGUUAAGCCUUAUCCGUACCGUGGAAUGGUGACAAGAAAAAAAGAUGCCACAACCGAUGUGGCAAGCAUGUUCAAGGACGUGGAUGUAAAAGUACCAUUCUUAACGAGAAGUGAUCUCCCCUCCAAGAAAACUGAUCCAGGAAUGUUCACACUCCUAAUUUCAAUCGGAGACAUUCAGGUAGAGCACGCCAUGUGCGACUUGGGGUCAUCUAUCAACGUUCUGCCAUACUCCAUCUAUCGGAAGCUGGGAGAGGCCAAGCUAGUCGACAGGGAUAUAAUGAUACAGUUGGCCGACAGAUCAUGUAUUCACCCCGAAGGAAUUAUGAAAGAUGUUAUUGUAAAGGUGAAUAAAUUUCUAUACCCAGCUGAUUUUUUCGUAAUCAAGAUGACAGAACCCACGGCGAAAGAGUCGAGUGGAGUCCUACUGGGACGACCAUUCUUGUCCACGACCAGCACUAUCAUAGACGUCCGCAAUGGGACGAUCAGUCUGGACAUCAAGAGAGAGCAGUAUACAUUCAAUAUCGAUGAGGCCAUAAAAAGGCCAGCCGACGGAGAGAACGUGUAUUCCGUGGAUGUAAGUGAGCCCUUGGUACAUGAGUUUUUGGAAGAAGAAUUUUUAAAUAGGCAGUUCACGGACUCCGCUGUAGAUGAAGAGGUCGAAAAGGAAGUAGAAGAGUGGUUUGAGACAAAUAAGGUUGGAGAAAUGAACGACCAAGCCGUCGCAGAAGCAAUAACAGAAUUUUGCGAACGUCCAAGGCCAACUGGGUCGGGUAAGACAGCUCAAGUAUCCAGCCUAGCAAAGCAGCUUGAUCAAGGAAAGCCACUGGGUGAUGAAGCUGCAGAAAACCCUCUGCCCACCGAAGAGCCAAAACCCGCGAAAGAGUUGAAACCCUUCCAGCGCAUCUAA